AUGGUCGGCGGCUUGUGUGCUCGCAGGCUGGCCCGUCGGUCUCGGUCCGCCCUCAUCGUAGCCCUCACGGUGCUGCUGGUGCAAACGCUGAUCGUGUGGAACUUCAGCAGCCUCGACUCCGGUGAAGAUAGCCGGGGAGACAUCGGCUCCAACGUGCUGGAGAAGAGGGACCGAGUAGCGGGCAACAAAGCCGCUGGCAGCGACUAUUUCCAGCAUGGGUUGCAGAGGCAGCAGCGGCGGCAUCUUCCGCCGCCUGAAAGAGGAACAUCUCGUCACAUACAGCAGCCGGACGGAUACUAUUCCCAUCGUCCGAAGGAGAAAAGUAAAGUGGACAGCAACAAUGAGAACUCUGUGCCAAAAGACUUUGAUAACAUAGACAAUAGUAACUUUGGUGCACGCUCUCAACCGCAUCGGCAAACCGCCGGAGGCACCGGGAGGAGGCAGCAGCGAGAGCAUCUGCAGGAGAAGGCUCCCGGCCAGCAACACUCCCCCAACCUGCUUCGCGGCUCUAACGAAGUGCUACCUUUAAACCAGCAAUCACUGGCAGUCGCUAACAACACACGCCCUGGUGGUCAAGGCGCGGUCGCAGGAGGGCCUCGGCAUCGUGCCUCACACCAGUCCCAACACAGGCACCAGCACCCCCACAAAAGGCAGGCGACUGCAGCGCCCCUGGAGGUGACCUACGACCAACCACCCAAGUGUGAAAUCAGUGGGAAGGAAGCCAUCUCAGCUCUGUCCAGAGCCAAGAGCAAGGACUGCAGGCAGCAGAUCGCAGAAGUCUACUGCAGACACAAGGAGGGACAGCUAAUGCCUGAAAAGGUCAACCGCUACUGUCCCUUAGAGGGAAAAGCCAACACUAAUGUCCAGUGGGAUGAGGAUUCUGCAGAGAGUUUUUCAUCAAAUCCAGUGCGAAUAGCCUUUGUCCUGGUGGUUCAUGGACGCGCCUCUCGUCAGUUUCAGCGUCUCCUCAAAACAAUCUACCAUAUAUCUCAUUACUACUACAUACAUGUUGAUCAGCGCUCCAACUACCUUCAUCGGCAGGUUAAGGCCUUGGCUGCUCAAUAUCCCAACGUGAGGGUGACACCAUGGCGCAUGGCCACCAUCUGGGGUGGUGCUAGUCUCCUGACCAUGUAUCUUCGAAGUAUGGCGGACCUGUUGUCUAUGAGGGAUUGGAGUUGGGAUUUUUUUAUCAACCUCAGUGCUGCCGACUAUCCCAUCAGGACAAACAACCAGUUGGUGGCCUUCUUGUCCAAAUACAGAAACAUGAACUUCAUCAAGUCUCAUGGCAGGGACAAUGCUAGGUUUAUCCGUAAACAAGGCUUGGAUCGUCUCUUCUAUGAGUGCGACACCCACAUGUGGAGGCUGGGUGACCGUAAAAUCCCAGAGGGCAUCUCUGUGGAUGGAGGAUCCGACUGGUUCCUUCUGAACCGCAUGUUUGUAGAAUAUGUUAUCAACUCUAAGGACGAUCUGGUCACCAAUAUGAAGCGGUUCUACGCCUACACUCUGCUGCCUGCUGAGUCAUUCUUCCACACUGUGUUGGAGAACAGUGCCUACUGUGAGAGCAUGGUGGAUAACAACCUGCGCAUCACCAACUGGAAUCGUAAAUUGGGUUGUAAAUGCCAGUACAAGCACAUUGUUGACUGGUGCGGAUGUUCCCCUAAUGACUUCAAGCCUGUAGACUUCCACCGCUUCCAGCAAACGGUGCGUCCCACCUUUUUUGCCAGGAAGUUUGAAGCCAGUGUGAACCAAGAGAUAGUGAACCAUCUGGACGCCUACCUGUUUGGACCAUUUCCACCGGGGACGCCCGGCUUAAACUCGUACUGGGAGAAUGUGUAUGACGAGCCAGAUGGUGUGGCCAGCCUGUCGGACACAAAGCUCACCUACUACCAUUCCUUCUCAAGACUUGGCUUGGCCCGUGCUGCUGCCUCGCUGCAAGGAAACCCAAUGGAUCACAGCUGCAGGUAUUUCCCCAUGGGCCACCCGGUGUCGGUGCACCUCUACUUCCAAUCUGACCAGUUCCAGGGCUACCUUGUCAGGCACCAUGCCACUAAUCUAGCAACAAGCAAGCUCGAGACAAUGGAGACCUGGGUGGCUCCUAAGAAGAUCUUCAAGUUAACCACACCUCCAAAAAGCACAUUCAGCAGGUUGCUGUUUGCAGAGAUCGGUACAGAGUGGGAUGCCAAAGAACGAAUUUUCAGAAACUUUGGUGGAAUGAUGGGCCCCAUGGAUGAGACGGUGGGAAUGCAGAAGUGGGCAAAAGGCCCUAACAUUACAGUAACAGUCGUGUGGAUCGACCCGACCAACGUCAUCGCAGCGACCUACGACCUUCUUAUCGAUGCAACUGCUGAGUACACCCACUACCGACCACCACUCAAUCAGCCUCUGCGUCCUGGAGUUUGGAGUGUCCGCAUCCUGCACCACUGGAGCCCUGUGGCUGAGAUGCGUUUUCUUAUCGCCCCUUUGGCUUACAAUAAGCACCAGCCUAUACGGCAAGAGGACACUUUGAAGUUGCACAAUGGGCCAUCCAAAAACAGCUACAUGGAGCAGAGUUUCCACGGCCUCAACCCAGUACUCAACAUCCCCGUCAGCCUGGGCUAUGUAGAACAGGCCAAGAGGAACGCCGCCCUGACCAGCCCUGAGCUGGAGCACUGGAUCGACAGCCUAGUGAGCGAUCUGUGGGAGGCAGCAGACAUCUGCGCCGUGGGACCAACCGCUUGCCCCGUCAUGCAGGCCUGCCCCAAGAACCCUUGGAGCUCACUGAGCCCCGACCCCAAAUCCCAACUGAGAUCACUGAAUGCUGAUGGGCGCAUCAGGUAG